AUGGCCCAACCCACAGCUGUUACGUCCGCUUCCGCCUCGACGGACGAAAAACCACAGCUCGUUAAGACUCUCCAGCAUUUGACAAUCAUAGAACACUAUGAUUGCGGCGCCACUAAGCCCAAGGCCACCACCUUAUUCCACACCACUGCGGAUGAAGAGCUCUACUUUGGAGAAACGCCUAAGAGCAACUUCGACACGAGUAUUUCAGAUUUCAACCAAGCACUUGAACGAGUCCCAGACGAAGAUGUCUGGCCCGAGAUUCCUCCAGAGAUGUAG